AUGCUCACGUUUCAAACGAAACUUCAAAAAUACCAACUGGCGACGUUGAUCUCGUCAGUUGUCUCCAACUUCUUACUUUUCUUUGCAACAAUCACACCAGCGUGGCAGGUUGCUGACGAUUUGGACGCCGAUAGGUAUGUGCAAUCAGGAUUGUGGCUAUAUUGUCCAGGACAAGCACAGUGCUGGUACAUCUUCAGUGACAGUUUGAUCAACUACUAUGAGAAAGUCGAUGUUUGCCGUUUUUUCCUGAUUGGAGAUUGCCGAAAAAAGCUUCUCAGAACCCCAUAUUUCUUUGGGUGGCAUUACGCUGUACUCAUCCUCAAUGUAAUCUCCAUGAUCUUCAUGAGUUUGAGUAUCGCCUCCAUAAUUUUUGCCUAUGUCAAACCAGCUCGAUCCAGGAUUGCUAUUAUAAUGUUGGAUGCUUUCUGCGGAUUCGCCAGUUUGUUGCUUGGAGUCUCUCUUAUUGUUUUCAUGGUGAAUGCUGAAAUGCUCGAGUCUAAGUAUCUGAUCGGAAUCAAGAACACUUAUGAGAAAGAAUACGGCUACUCUUACUACCUCGCCGGACUUGCAUUCAUUAUCUCGGUCGUUACUAUUCUAUUCGCCGCUCUCGUCUCCACGUACACAUUCUUGUUCCCGGAAGAAGUUGCGGAAAGCCAAUACUCGUUAAAACUAUCGAACAAUCACUUUGCGGCCAGAUACAACAAUGAACUGCAGCAACCGUACCUUCCCCCAACGUCGCAGUUGAGCAUGCAGAUUCCACCCACCGAACACGGAUCCUACAUUGCUGGCGCAAUUUCGCCCCGUGGAGAAUUCAAAUCACAAACCAGACACUUUUAUAGUUACUAA